UUGUUUUCACUAAGAACAUUUGGGAUAGUGGCAUUAGGAGUAUCCAGUCUGCCAUACUCCAUGUCACUGAACUCCUGGGUUGCAAUUCUUACUUUCUUAACAUGACUAGCAGAAACAGCAGUCAGUGAGCACAGAGAACCCUCCACAGAUGCUUCUCUCCUUUAAAUUGGGCAUCAGCACUUUUAUUCAUUCACUCAUUUGUCGUUCAUUCGGUAAGUGAAUAUCAAGUGCCUACUAUGUUUGAGCCACUGAGACAACAAAUCUACCAACUCACUGAAGUAUGCACCAGAUGAGUACAAACCAAAACUUGAAUAUGCCAGAUUAACUGUGUAAAAUGCAAUAAUGAAAGUUCACUGCACCAGGAUCUUAAAAUGUCUUAUUAUAGAAAUUUUCAAACAAACACUAGAGUAGUUAGAACAGUAUAAUAAAUCCCCAUGUAUCCAUUUUCCAGCUCCAACAAAUAACUCAUGGCCAAACUUCUUCCGUUCCUCUCCCUCCCUCCCAUUUUAUUUGGAAGCCAAUCAAAGACAUCAUAUCCUUUCACUUGGAACUAUUUCACUAAGUAAACCAGUUUUUAAAGCACAGAGACCAAGAUUUUUUUCUGACUUAACUCUGAGUUAUGUCAAGUAUCUAGAACCACAAUGCAUACAAACACCCACAGUUCUUAUGUGCCCUCCUUCUCAACCAAUCAGAGCAACGUAUCCUGACUAAGACGUCUGGGAAAGACAACUCUUCCCCACAGACUGCAGAUUCUCUAUGUAUCACAUCUGGGUGCAAUAGCUUAUCCAUAAUGAGGGGGGAAAGUUCAAAGUCCUCUUAAAACUACAGUGUUUAUGAUAGCUCUCCAAAAUACUGGCCAUACUUAACAUUAAUCAUUAACACCCUCAGCAGAGUCUAUCUAUGAGGUAAAAAUGUGCCUCCUAUUAGUCAUAAGGAAGUUUGGAUCUAAUAAAUAUUUUGCAGUCAUCCAACAGACUGGAAUAUCAGGGGUUGUACAUUCAUGACUUAUGUAUGAAUAAGAGUCAAUAGGAUCUGUAUCUAGUCCUCAAGUGUAAUUCAGAAAACUUACCUGCUGUGAAAUGCUACCUUGAUUUCCUGUGAUCAUAUAAUAAGAUUUAAAACCUACCAAGGCAUAAAACUCAAUGUGAUAGAGGAGCCAUCAAGUUUUCCUGUCCUUACGUAAACAUGUGGAGGUCUUCACAACAGAAACUUUUCUACUCAGCAAAGGAGUAGAUUAGACGACUGAACCCCAUAAAAUAGUGCUAAUGUCCCAUAUUUCAUUUAAAUUUGAAAUCUCAAAAGCCUACAAACAUUAGCCCAAAAAACUGGUGGAAGAACACACAGACAAAGUUAUUUCUCCAAAAUAUUCAAAAUGAUUUUAAGCAUUCUAAUGAAAUUUUAACUCACUUAAACAUAAUUGGAUCCAGACAUACUAGUAAGGAAGAACUGUACUAAAAAAGUGAACUUCAAAAACUAUUAUGUUAAACACCUGCACUUAUAUUCCUUUUUAGUUAUAAAGCUAAUUCUUUAUUUAAAUAAUGCUUCUACACACCUGGAUCAUAAGCCUUAGUGUAUGAACCUCUUAGCUGAAACUAAAUCACUGCGAAAUGGGUAUAAUUUAAACAGUACAACUUUCCAGUGACUUUAAUCAAACCUCCUUCUCCCCCACUAAGCAAUAAAACAAAUUAAUUUUGUGAAUACACAUAUACAGAACAUGUGUCUAUAAAAAAUUCUUCACUACAGGUUAUAACUGUGACAUCCACUUUCAGAGUAAUUUACAGCUUUUUAAUAAGCAGUAAGAUCUGCUUAUGACGUAUCCAGUCAUUAUUGGUGAGCUCUCAGGGAGUGCUGGUUGAUACAUAUAUAUACAUAUAUAUAUAAUGUUCCAUACAUAUCAUAUUCCAUGGAUAGCAUAUUCUAUAUUAUCAUAUUCCAAAUUAUCAUAUUCCAUAUAUAUACAUGGAGUAUCAUUCGGCCAUAGAAAAGCAGGAAGUCCUGCUAUUUGGAACAACAUGGUAGACCUUGAGGGGAUUAUGCUAAGUAAAUAAGCCAGACAGAGAAAGACAAAUACUGCAUGGUAUCACUUAUACGUGGAAUCUGAAAGAGGAGGAGAGGAGAGAGUAGAAACAGAGUAGAAAAGUGGUUGCCAGGGGCUGGGGGGUGGAGGAAACAGGGAAAGGUUGGUAAAAGAGGACAAAGUUUCGGCUAUAAGAUGAAUAAUGUCUGAGUAUAAAAUGUAAAACAUAGUGACUAUAGCAGAUAACACUGUGUUGUAUAAUUAAAUUUUAUUGAGAAUAGAACUUAAAUAUUCUCACCUAAAAGAAAAAAAAUUGAAAAAAAUUUUAAGCAUUGUUCUUUAUCACCAUUGUGACUUAUUAUGUAGCCACAGCUGUCUUUUUAGGUACGCAAAUUAUUCAUGGAGAUUGCAAAUAUUCUUCAUGUAUAUAUUAGGAUGAAAACAUUUGCCAAGGCAGGUCCAAGAGCUAAAAGAACACCCUUUCUUGUUUCCUUUUGUUACCUCUACUGAAAAAAAGAAACCGCCCCCGAGAAAAGCCUCUAAGAAAUGCCUCUCGUGGUAAUUUCUAGAAAGGAAUUAAACAGAUUGCUGUAAAAGGGGUGGGGGGAGCAAGGCAAGGUGGACUGUGGUGUCAAUCCUCAGGUGAGAUGUCAGCAGAGGAGGAGUGUCUUUCCUGUGAACACUAUAAAAGGCAGUUCCUUCACCACAGAGGGACAGACUCUGCUCCACCCAUCCUGAAGCUACAGGUGCUCCCUCCUAGAAUCCCCAAUGGAUUUCACACGCAGAAGCUUGCAAAGAAGCCUGAGUUCCUCCUCGCAGGCUUCUAUGGUCAACAUGUAUAGGACUGGGGGCAGGCAGCUCCUGGGGGCAGCACCUAGCGUCUAUGGGGGAGCUGGAGGCCACGGCACCCGCAUCUCAACCUCCAAAAGCUUGGUGAGCUAUGGGAAUGAUCUCAACAAAGGCGACCUGUUUUUUGGCAAUGAGAAGAUGGCCAUGAGAAACCUCAAUGACCGCCUAGCAAGCUACCUAGAAAAAGUGCGGUCCCUGGAGCAGUCCAACCUCCAACUUGAGAUGCAGAUUAAGCAGUGGUAUGAAUCAAACGCGCCCAGCACCAGUCGGGACUACAGUGCAUACUACAAAGAAAUUGAAGAGCUGCGAGCUCAGAUUAAAGAUGCUCAACGGCAAAAUGCUCUGUGUGUCCUGAAAAUCGAUAAUGCUAAACUGGCGGCUGAGGACUUCAGACUGAAGUAUGAGACUGAAAGAGGGAUGCGCCUAACAGUGGAAGCUGACCUCCAGGGCCUGAGUAAGGUUUAUGAUGAUCUAACCCUAAGCAAAACAGACUUGGAGGCUCAAAUUGAAGAACUGAAUAAAGACCUGGUUAUCCUCAAAAAAGAGCAUCAGGAGGAAGUGGACAGCCUACGCAAACAGCUGGGCAGUACUGUCAAUGUGGAGCUGAUGGCUGCUCCAGCCCUGAACCUCAGUGCCAUCAUGGAUGAAAUGAGGCAGAAAUAUGAAGUCUUGGCCCAAGAGAACCUUAAGAAGGCCAAAGAAGAGUUUGAGAUACAGACUGAAACUCUGCAGCAACAAGUCUCAGUGGACACUGCAGAAUUAAAGCAAUCGGAGGUUCAAGUAAAGGAGCUGAGACGCACCUACCAGAACUUGGAGAUAGACCUCAAGUCCCAUCUCAGUAUGAAACAAUCUUUGGAGCAGACACUGCAAGAUACCAAAGCUCGUUAUCACAGCCAGCUGGCCACCCUCCAGGCCCUGCUGAACUCCAUAGAGGCCCAACUGAUGCAGGUCCGGGCGGAUGCAGAACGCCAGAACAAGGAGUACAAUGAGCUCCUGGACAUGAAGAUCAGGCUGGAGCAGGAAAUCGCUACUUACCGGCGCCUCCUGGAAGGAGAAGAUCUAAGCAUCCUGGAGGAGAAAGCAGAUGUAAAGAAAACCAGGAAGAUUAAGACAGUGGUGGAAGAAGUAGUGGAUGGCAAGGUUGUGUCAUCUGAAGUCCAAGAAAUGGAAGAAAGUAUAUAAACCCCUGCCGGACGGAGAUGCUGCUGAGGGCCUGAGAAGUGGAGCUGUAAUGUCUGCUCCCUACAGGAAAGCACCAUUAGCGCUUUCUACUGGUGGGGUGGAGGGGGUGGCCCAUCUAUCUAUCAGUCUCUGUAAUUGAACAUAAAUGUUUUACUCAAAGGAGCUGCAAAUUGCCAGCGAAAGUGAAAUCCAAUGAGCAUUAGGAUAUUUAAAACAUCAUUACUGCCAUCUUUACCAUGAAACAUUAAUUACAAGCUAUAGACCACCUAAUAUCAAUUUAUUAAUGUUCCUGAAAAUUACAGCACAUUUUCAAUGAUAUUAAACCUCAUGAAGCAGAGGGUCUGUGCAAAUAAAUCUCUUUCUCUUGAA